GAAAUUGACUACCGACGAAGGAGAAACACCAAGGCGAAAGGAACGAGUCAAGGGCCGGAUUGCGCCUGCGUGGAGGGAGCUGGGUCAGGCACGCAGGAAACCGACCUCACAUUACACAGACCUUCGCUGGGUGUUGUUUCGUGUGCAGACACAAUGUCGUGUUCCUGUGAGCACGUGAGGCUACUGCUUGUCCUGGUCGCCUGUGCUUGCGUCCAGGCAGCUUCCGUCGCUAAGCCAGGAACCUCCGGAGACGGGACGCCCCUGAAGGAUAAGUUCGAGUUCAGGCACCACAAUAACGACGAGGUGGAACAGGUCCUGAAGGAGACGGCGGAGAGGUGCAAGGACGUGGCCCGCCUUUACGCCCUCAGCGAGCCUUCUGUGAGGAACGUCCCUCUGUGGGUCAUCGAGUUCUCCGAUAAUCCCGGACAGCAUGAGCUCCUGGAACCCGAAUUCAAGUACGUGGCCAACAUGCACGGCAACGAGGUCCUAGGGCGCGAGCUGCUCCUUGCCCUCGCCCACCACCUGUGCCAGGGAUGGAGGGACGGCGACCAGGAAAUCAAGGACCUCCUGACGACGACGAGGAUUCACCUGCUGCCUUCCAUGAACCCCGACGGAUGGCAGCUCUCGACCGAUACUGGCAGGAAGGACUACCUCCGUGGCCGCUCCAACAACAACAGCGUCGACCUCAACAGGGACUUCCCCGACCUCGACCGCAUCAUGUACUCCAACGAGGCGCGACACAACAGUUAUAACAACCACCUCAUGGCGCAGCUCAAGAGGCUUGAUCACCAGCCCCAGCCGGAGACCCUCGCCGUCAUGAACUGGAUCGUGAACACGCCCUUCGUGCUCUCAGCCAACUUCCACGGCGGAGAUCUCGUGGCCAACUACCCUUACGACGCCUCUCGCUCGGGCGCCGCUCAGGAGUACGCUCGUAGCCCCGACGACGAGACUUUCCGCCACCUCGCAGAAGUGUACGCCCAGCACCACCCUCGCAUGGCCGAUCCCCAACGCCCCUCCUGCAGCCCCGGCGAGUACUCCUUCGGGCGCGACGGCGGAGUGACCAACGGCGCCGCCUGGUACUCCGUGAGUGGCGGUAUGCAAGACUUCAACUACCUGUCUUCAAAUGACCUCGAAGUGACGCUGGAAAUCGGCUGUAACAAGUACCCCCCUUCGACAGCUCUCUAUCAGGAGUGGUUAGACAACAAAGAUGCUAUGAUGGAAUACAUGUGGCAGACUCACCUGGGCGUGAAGGGCGUGGUCAGGGACUCGCUAACCGGCCAGGGCGUCCCUAAUGUGGUCAUCCACGCCAAGAACGUCACACGCGUCAACGACACACACGUGAGGGACGACCACAUCAACCAUGACGUCACUUCCGUACACGAGGGCGACUACUGGCGUCUGCUAACCCCGGGGACCUACGAACUCACUGCCGAGGCCGAGGGUUACCUGCCUCUCACCCACACAGUCACGGUGACCAACCCUCUCCAUGCUGAAGCCUUGAGGAGGGACUUCGAUCUCACGCCGAUUCCCGAGGCACUGGUUCCUCAGACGCAGGAUAUCUACGAGGACUACCCAAUGCCCCAAGAGGAGCUGCCCCUCGAGGAAGAGAUUCUAGGACGGCUUCGAAGCUUCAACCGCCUCCGUUACUGAAGCUCCGAAGCUCCGGAACCCGAGUCACACAACACCCAAGGAAUGAACCACUUUUAACCAUUAUAUUUUGUUCUGCCAUUUGUCGGCAUAUGAAUUUAUUUUCUAUCUUUAUUCUGUCUGUCGAAUAUCAUAAUCGUUGGUUAAGUGAUAUUGAUUGGUUGGCUGGUUGGUUUCUUGAUUUAAUUAAUUGUCAUUUAAAGCGGCAAUUUCGUCUUGGAUAACUUAACCUCUGGGAUUUAUGUGCCUCAUUCGGCCUCAAGUCUCUGAACAUCUGCGGGAUAAAUUAUGAAUUACACAUAUUUACUAAUCAGUUGUUUAUCGACCGUUUGUGAGGUACACGUGUCGUGAUUGGCUGAUUUACAUAAAGGGUAAAGCCUCAUUUUAUCUCGGUCUCUCAACAUCACCGGUUAGAUUGAUUCAUAAUUAUUUUAGUCCUUCAGAUAAUUUAAUAAUUAUUUUUUUGUUCGAGAUACGAACCAGCCACCUCAUCAUACCUCCAUCUCUUUUAAAUUUUGGCGAUUAUUGGAUUCUAUAAUUAAUUCCUUAUACUUAUUCGUGUUCUUUAUACUACUAAUGACUUAUAUUUAUUCAUCAACAACCUAUCACUCAUGAUUUGUGCUUUGAUUGAUAAUUCUUUGUCAUUAUCCAGGGAUCCUGUCUCUUGAUAUGUGUGGUUCUGGGUAAUUUCCUUAAAUAUAUAAUUGACAUUAUCACUCAUAUUAGCGGUUGUCACUAUGAAGUCUGUUUUAUCAGUCUAGAGAAUGUAUAUAGAUAUUAUAUGAACAUCUAUUACAGAGACAUAAAUGAAUCUAACUUGAUACUAUCUUAUUUAGUAAACACAGUGGGCUAUAUAAUAUCUCUUGCAAGGUCAGAUUUAACCGUACUGUAAGAUUUAAAAUACUAACGAUUAAUCCAACUACAACACACGGUUUCCAUAUGUCUCCACAAAACCUCUUGUAAUUAUAUUUUUGUAACAUUAUCUGCUUUGAACAAGGCCUGUUGUGUCGAUACAAUACAAUUCGCAGUUAGUCGAGAAGGAUUAUAAAUGAUGAUAUUCAGUCGCGAAUUAUAUGUGAAAAAGUCAACCUUUCCUUGCUCUGUUAAAAAUCAAACGAAGAAAAUAUGAAUAUGUAAAUAUUAAUCUUUAAAAGACCGAAAUUUGUGUCUCAAGGAAAGAUUUUGUUGGGCAGGUGCGUUACUUCGAUCAAAACAAGGACAGCAUAAGUUACAGAGAAUAUGUCUUGUGUUUAUCAUGAGCGAGUAUGUGUUAAAAAUAGUUUUUCUGCUUUGUAAACAUUUUCGAAAAUGAGGCGAAGAUACUUAAAGGCAACUUUUUGAUCUACGGCAACUUAAGACAAUAUUAUAAAGAUUAUUAUCAAGUUACGGAGAAUGGGACAGUUGUGACGUUGCUUCAUCUUCACAUUUCUGUGGAAAAGAUUGUCCCUAUAUUAGGCAGCAUUAUUAAGUCACAUACUGUUACUAAUAUGGUUGUUUACAUAUGAAUAUAUAUAUAUGUAUGUAUUUAUGUAUGCAUAUAUAAACGUACAUAUAUAAACAUACAUAUAUCCAUAUAUAAACAUUCCACUUAAAAAAGAUCAAUAGAAAAAUCAAGAAAAAAUAUAAAUAUUUUUUUGCACUUCAAGAACAACAAUAACAAAACUACCAAAUAAAAAGCGUUCACAGCCUACCAUCAAUCCAUCAUCAUUAUUACUUAUAAAUCAUACUACCUAUUCAAUACUUACACCGACUGGCUCGCAAACACCUGUAAAACAUGUGUAAAUAUACUUCGGAAACACAGGCAUGAUAAGCAGAUUUAGAGAGGCAUUGUAAUGACUUUACGAAACUAAUCUGUUGCUUGAGGUUUAAAAAUGUUUUCGAAGAUAAAAUAACACUAAAUUUUUCAUCAUUUUUAUUAUAUGGUUACUGUUAGUAUUGUUAUGAUUGUGAUUAUUUUUUAUCAUUAUCUUGCACAUACUUGAUAUUACUAAUAUUACUAUAUUAU